GAAUGACACCAAGGAAGAUGUGUUUGUCCAUCAGACUGCCAUAAAGAAGAAUAACCCCAGGAAGUACCUCCGCAGCGUAGGAGAUGGAGAGACCGUGGAGUUUGAUGUGGUUGAAGGAGAAAAGGGCGCGGAGGCAGCAAACGUUACCGGUCCUGGUGGAGUCCCAGUGCAAGGCAGCAAAUACGCAGCAGACCGUAACCAUUACAGACGAUACCCAGUCGCAGGGGUCCUCCACGCAACUACCAGCAGAACUAAGAACAGUGAGAGUGGGGAAAAGAACGAAGGAGCAGAGAACAUACCAGAAGGUCAAGCCCAGCAACGCCGUCCCUAUCGCAGGCGGCGGUACCCACCUUACUACAUGCGUAGGCCCUACGGGCGUCGACCACAAUAUUCCAACCCUCCCGUGCAGGGAGAGAUAGUGGAGGGUGCUGACAACCAGGGUGCAGGAGAACAAGGCAGACCAGUCAGGCAGAACAUGUAUCGAGGUUAUAGACCACGAUUUCGCAGGGGUCCUCCUCGUCAGAGACAGCCUAGAGAGGACGGGAACGAAGAAGAUAAAGAGAACCAAGGGGACGAGACCCAAAGUCAGCAGCCACCUCAACGUCGGUACCGCCGUAACUUCAACUACCGACGCAGACGCCCGGAGAACCCUAAACCACAAGAUGGCAAAGAGACGAAGGCAGCCGAACCACCAGCUGAGAACCCGUCCGCUCCCCGCUCCAGGCCGAGCAGGGCGGGGCUGAGUAAACACCGGCUUUCCACCUCUACCAUCAUCCGGUUUAGUCAUCAAAGAAAAGACUUAAGAAAUGAAGAAGAAAAGAAAAUGAAAUUCCAGCAAUAAGAAAUGAACAAAAGAAUUGGAACUGAAGACCUUAAGUGCUUGCUUUUUGCUGUUGACCAGAUUACUAGAACUAUCUGCAUUGUCUAUGCAGCAUGGGGUUUUUAUUAUUUUUACCUAAAGAAGUCUCCUUUUGGAAACGAUAAACACGUUUUUUAAAAGUCUGUUUUUUCUCAAUAUACCUUUAAAGGUUUUUAAAUUGUUUCAUAUCUGGUCAAGUUGAGAUUUUUAAGAACCUCAUUUUUAAUUUGUAUGAAAUAUACACCUGAUUUUUUCAAGUCAAACUGCAAGCAUCUGUUAAUAAAGGUCUUAAAGAAUUA